UUGUGUGCGCAACUGAAUAGUGUGAAAGUAGAGUGUGACUCUUGGAUUGUGAUCGAAGCAAUGCAACUAAAAAGCAGCACAGCGAUCGCAGCCUAUGCUGUGAUCUUGCUCCAAUUAAUAAACUGGACAACAGCUCGUCGUGGCUUUGGUCCUGGCGAACAAGACUGGAAUUAUGUUGAGGUGCGAAAGGGCGCCCAUCUCUUCUAUUGGCUCCACUACACGACAGCGAAUGUAAGUUCAUUUUACGAGCGACCAUUGGCCAUCUGGUUUAAAGGCGGUUAUGCCUCCACGGGCAGUGGAUACUUUGAGUAUGUGGGACCCAUCGACAUUGAGGGGCAACCACGUGCCAGCAAUUGGAUGCAGCACAUGAAUGUGCUCUUCAUCGACAAUCCUGUUGGCACUGGCUUUAGCUAUGUGGAAUCCUUUGGUGAAUUUGCUAAGAACGACACGCAAAAUGCCCUUGAUAUGGUCACACUAAUGGCGCAUUUUCUGCGCUCACAUCCCGAGUUCCAACGUGUCCCAUUGCACAUCAUCUCCGAGAGUUAUGGUGGAAAAAUGUCACCGGAAUUCGCCUUGGAAUUGUAUCGGGCUCAGCAACGGGGCGAGGUGCAGUGUCAACUCAAGUCUGUGGUGGUGGGCAAUCCCUUUACCUCGCCUGUGGAUAACGUUUUGGCCUAUGCCCCAUUCCUGCUGCAACAUGGUAUCAUUGAUCACGAUGCCUAUAGCAAAAUAUCUCGAGCUGCGGCCAAGUUUGAGCAUUGGGUCAAGUUCGGCAAUGCCAAAGAAGCCGUUCAGCAGUACUCAAAAAUUGAUGAGAUGAUCGAAGAAAUCGCUGGGAACAUCUAUUUCCAUAAUAUUCAGCGACGAGCCCAUGUAGAUAAUGUCUUUACGUAUGGCGUAAAUCAGACGGUGGGUGAUUUUGUUGUCAAUAAUGUGACAAAGACGCUGAAUCUCACACACAUGCCUAGAUGGGAAGCACGGAAUGUGACGGCUCUCAUCGAACUUACACCCGGAAUGUUUAAACCGUCCGUUAACUUCGUCACUCGUUUGCUGGACGAGACCCCAAUCCGCAUGGUCGUCUACUCGGGUACCAUGGAUUUGAUCGCUCCCACUCCCGGCACCGUCAACUGGAUCGAUCAGAUGCAAUGGGGCAGCAAGAAAUCGUAUGUGGAUGCCACUCGUCGACCUUUCCUUGUAGAUGGCUUUUUAGAGGGUUAUGAGAAACAGGGAGGAAACUUCAGUAUGUUCUGGGUUCUUCGAGCAGGGCAUCUGGUACAUCAGGAUAAUCCUGCGGCAAUGGCUUAUAUUCUGCGUGAGAUCACGAACUAUGGAUGAUG